AUGGGCACUAGAAUCUACAUAGGCCGCUUGUCUAAUCAUGCUAGAGAAAAGGAUGUUGAGAAGUUCUUCAGAUCCUAUGGUAAAAUACGGGAUAUCAUGUUGAAAAAUGGUUAUGGCUUUGUUGAAUUUGAUGACUACAGAGAUGCAGAUGAUGCAGUAUAUGAACUCAAUGGCAAGGAACUAUGUGGGGAAAGGGUCAGUGUUGAGCAUGCCCGAGGGCCCCGCAGCGAUGACUCCUUCCGUAACCGUAGCUUUAGAGGUCGCCGAGGUGGCAGCAGCGGUGGAAGUGGUGGGGGUAGGCGUGAUAAGUAUGGGCCGCCCACAAGAACGGACCACAGACUGAUUGUUGAAAAUUUGUCAUCCCGAGUUAGCUGGCAG